AAAAAAAGGAGCACGAGAAGGAUCCUUUGGAUUCUCUCCGCAGACCCCUCACGCGUCACUUGUCGAUGCCGCUUGUCCAGCCCGCGUCAGGCAAAACUAUAAAGCAGUGCACUCCACAAGACACUAAAAUCCUAACACUCCCAUCUCAAGCUCAACCUGCUCUCACACACCACAGAACACCGUCCACCGUACGAAGCUCAUCAAGCCAGCACCGACCACCUGCCGCGAUGGACAUGAGCGGCUCGGACCAGCAAUGGAGCUCCCCUUCCUCGCCGUCCUCGACCUCCUCGCACCCGAAGCGUCCCGCCGGGCGCACCAAGUUCAAGGAGACGCGCCACCCGGUGUACCGCGGCGUGCGGCGCCGGGGCAACGCUGGCCGCUGGGUGUGCGAGGUGCGCGUCCCCGGGCAGCGCGGCGAGCGGCUCUGGCUCGGCACGUACCUCACCGCCGACGCGGCCGCGCGUGCGCACGACGCCGCCAUGCUCGGCCUGCUCGGUCGCUCGGCCGCGUGCCUCAAUUUCCCCGACUCCGCGUGGCUCCUUGCCGUGCCCCCCGCGCUCACCGACCUCGCGGCCGUCCGGCGCGCGGCCCUGGCCGCCGUGGAAGACUUCCAGCGCCGGCAUGCCGCCAACGGCGCAGCCACCGUCCCCACCGAUGAGGAGACCUCCAGCGCGUCCGCUCCGUCGUCUGCCGACAAUGCGGGCGGCUCGUCAGCGACUUCGCAGCCUUCGGCCGAGGGAACGUUCGAGGUGCCGUCCGCAAUGGGCAGCGACAUGUUCGAGCUGGACUUGUCCGGGGAGAUGGACCUGGGCACGUACUACGCGGACCUCGCGGACGGGCUGCUCCUGGAGCCGCCGUCAUCGCUGGACAGUGGGGCGUGCUGGGAUACCGGAGACGGCGGAGCUGACUCCGGGCUCUGGAGCUACUGAACCAGCUGGAGCUGCUGAAUCAGCUGCUUUGACACUCUAUGGCAGUUGAUUCCAGCAUAAUAAAAUCCGUGGAAUCUGUAAACGCAUAAAAAAAUCGCCAAAAAAAGCAUGAAGUCCUUUGGUAUACAUGCAAUCAGAUGCGGUUCUAAGCAUCAGAAGGACAAAAAAAAGACACGUGGAAAAAAAGAAGACAUGAUUUGCUGGAUGAA